UGUACUUCGCUGUGUGUGCAAUCGGAAAGCUAAAUUUAAAGCUCCCGUAGUAGUUUCAAUAUGGUUUCAAUGAUUAUUAGGUACUUUCGCGAGUUAUGUCAAAUUCCGAGUUAAAAAGACAUGCUAAGCGUAGAAUAUGCUUUUCCCGUUAACAGUGAGUUAAUGUGAGAUGUUAGCGUGAAAUACAUUAUUUCGUCAAACGAAAGUGCAAAUAAUUUAACGAAGGUAAAUUGUUUACCUUCGCUUGUAGAGCAGCUUAAGCGAAAGGUAGAUAGGUUAUCAAAGGGAGAUAUCUUAUUCGUCCAAAUAGAAAGUUUAUUUAUAUCGCUGCCAUUUUUCCUGUUAAUAAAUAUCGCUCAAGAUGCAGUGCAAGAUCGAUGAUCUGCCCGAUGAAAUUUUGGAGUACAUAUUAAGUUUGAUACCACCGUACAAGGAUCUUCGGAAAUGUAUGCUUGUCUCGAAAAGGUGGUGUCGUGCUACUAAAAAUGUGAUCGAGCAUAACGAGACACACUUUCAAAAGGCUGUGGCAUUUGGUUCUUUGUUUUGGAAUGCAUGGUCAUCCGAAAACUGGAUGCCUGUCAUUGGCAAGCGACAUUCGCAUUCCGCUUGCAUGUACGAAAAUUCAAUGUAUGUGUUCGGUGGUUGUACCGCAAGUAGUACGACGUUCAAUGACUUGUGGAGGCUAGAUUUAGAUACGCGAAGAUGGGUUCGACCGAUGACUAUGGGAAGUUAUCCAUCCCCGAAAGCCUGCGCAACCAUGUUAUAUUACAAGAAGAGUUUUAUUCUAUUCGGUGGCUGGUCACAUCCUUCUCCAUAUCCUGUGCACCAGCAAUGGAGGUUAUUUAACGAGCUACACGUCUAUUCGAUAGAGUCCAAUAGAUGGAACGCAAUAGAUGCAUUCGAGAGUCCACCCCCAACGUCUGCUCACUCGGCAACUAUACACAGAAACCUGAUGGUCGUUUUUGGGGGCGUUUCCGAUGGCUAUAUCUCCAAUGAAGUGUGGUGUUUAAAUCUGGACACUUAUUGCUGGCAUAGACAAACAACGUCAUAUUUCCAACCUCAACCCCGAUAUGGCCAGUCUCAGAUCGAGCUCGAUGAAAAUCAUCUUCUCAUAUUGGGGGGUUGUACAGGACCUAACAUUGCCAUGAAUGACGCAUGGUUAUUGACAAUGGAAGGACCAUCGUGGACAUGGAGGAAAGUGAAAAUGCAACAUCCUGCAUGGGCGCCUACUCGAAUUUGGUGUCAUCAAGCAUGCAAAGUGGGAAAUUAUAUCAUUGUCCUAAGCAGGAAUAAAAAGAAAAUUCAGACAAACGAGAUGAGCAUUUCUUUAGCAAAGGUUGGUUGCCAGCUGCCGAUGCCACCGCAGUUAUCUAAUCCCACAGCUCUUUACGAAAGGCAAAGGAAUAUUCCACAUAUAGACAAAGACGAGAACGUAAACGGCAGACGUGGUUCCCUGCCAAGGUCGCCUUCGUCAAGAAGUUCCAGCUCUCCGAUACCAAGUUCAACGAUGGCAAGAACACUUGCUCUCCGCAGUCAGAAUAAUUUAAGCAUGGCUGCAUUUCGCGAGGAACCGUCUCGUACGAAUCCUAACGCGAAUAGACAGCGUCAGCUGGAAUCUCUGCGAAGGAUGGAGGAGAGAAUCCACAGUCACAAGCCUCAAUGGAAAGUUACCAAGAAGAGUUCGGACAACACAUUGGCGAUUUUUGUGCUGGAUAUAACAAACGUGUUAAGUGAGGAAUGCUCUGCUUCCUGGGUUCCGUUGAAGAAGAAUAACCAGUCAGGCCCCGAUGAGAGGAUACUUUAUUCGCUGGUUCUUGGAAGAGGAGAACUGAUAGUGUUCGGAGGGAUCAGGAGGGAACAGACCACCAUACAAGGACAGACCGACGUCGACGAUUCGGAAGUGUACAACGAACUCCAUUUUAUAAAUCCACCUAAAUACGUUAUAUAGUAGAACGCAUCGGUGGAAUAUUUUGCUAGCGACUGCUUCUACACAGUCUUCGCGGGAUCGCAAAGUUCGUUUCGUUACCUUUUGUAUAUAUACACAGGAUUCACGGCCGUAGAUCGACUAUCCGUUUAUCGAAAGUUAACGGGCACGUAUUUUGCACGCGGUAUAGUUUCUUCGAACGAUUUAAUUGGACUCUGGAGUAAUCUCAAGUUUGACACAACUCGCUGUGAUGCGCAAUGAAAAUAAGCGUCAUAAGACUGUUAGUGUAUUUACUCGCGCUAGUUCUGCCAUAGGACUCCGUCGUGUUCAGUGAUGAGUUUCACGCCGUAUACAUUGGCACCAAGCUGUGAAUCGCUCUCACG